AUGCUGCUGAACCUCCCUAUCUCAUUCUUGCCCCUUUGGUCCAACUUUAACCCUUACAAUAUGCAGUGCUGGGUUGAGGUCAUGAACAAGAUAGAGUGCUGGUUGCUGCUCAAAGUUGUUGAUAGGCAUUCCCUGGAGUGGAAGUGGGGCGGAGAGACUGUCUGGAUGGUUUACGUCUUAGCAUAUCUGGAGUUUCCUUUUGGCCAAUGGACUUGUUGGAGCCCAAAAAUUUCCCCUGAAGGAUAUUUUUUGGAGGGCUGGGUAGCAAAGGGUGCUUUGCCUUCUUGGGAUGAUAGUAAAGGACUUAGCGAGGACACUGACUUUAUAUCAGUAAGGGGCGCAAUCUGGGACAAAUUCCAAGAAACUGUGUUCAUGGUUUUUGCUGGCGGGGUGGUUUCUCCUGAUAGCUCCUGA